GAGAGCCGCGCAGGCGCUGGGCUGUCGCGGAGAGGACGGGAGGAUGGGCCGCUUGGCGCCGCGCUUGCUGCUCUUCUGCCUUUUCUGGGGCGCCUGGGAACGCGUUCCAGGGGCCGAGACCGUCCGAAAGCGAGGACCCACCGUGACCGCUAAGGUGUUCUUUGAUAUACAGAUUGGUGACAGAAAUGCUGGCAGAAUUGUAAUCGGCUUGUUUGGAAAAGUAGUACCCAAGACAGCAGAAAACUUCAUUAAACUUGCAACUGGAGAGAAAGGAUUUGGUUAUAAAGGAAGCAAAUUUCAUCGCGUAAUCAAAGAUUUUAUGAUUCAAGGAGGUGACUUCACAGCUGGAGAUGGUACUGGAGGAAGAAGCAUCUACGGAGAUCGGUUUCCUGAUGAAAACUUCAAGCUGAAGCACUAUGGCAUUGGCUGGGUCAGCAUGGCUAAUUCUGGCCCAGACACUAAUGGCUCCCAGUUCUUCAUUGCUGUAACAAAGCCUGGCUGGUUAGAUGGAAAGCAUGUAGUAUUUGGAAAAGUAAUUGAUGGAAUGUCUGUAGUACAUGAUAUUGAACUUCAGGCAACAGAUGACUAUGACCAGCCUCUUCAGGACUGUGUGAUCAUUAACAGUGGAAAAAUAGAUGUAAAAGAACCUUUUGUGGUUGAAGUAGAUGAUUGGAGAAGUUGACAGAAAUAGAAGCAACUGAGCAGCAAGCACGUCUGGUUAUCAUUGUGUGAGGCUUCUAUCAGAAAAUACUUUGCAGAGACUGUACAACUUGACCUUGCAGGUAACAGAAAAUACCUGGGUAUUAAAUGAGGAAAUGCUAUGAUAUUGCCUUUCUAGGGUUGAUUUAAAGAGAUAUGUCUUUAUAGUAUUCAUUUUUAUAGUCCCUUGUUUUUUUGUUUAUUAGUAUCUUAUGAAUACUUUAUGAAUAUUAAUACUUAUGAAUAUUAAUAUCUUAUGAAUAUUUUUAACAUCUUUGCCUAGUAAUUUUAAAACUUUGAACAACCCCCCACUUAUUCAACAGGCAAGUCUAUAGCACAUAUUGUGUGGAUUUCCUAAUUUAUGAAUCUGAAAAUAGACAAGGAAGUAUUACUAUGUAAUUAAACAAAUUACAUUAAUAUGACAAAUACUUUGCAUCAUAUCUUUCAACAAUACAUAGAUUUAUUUCAUUUCAACUUUGUUUCAAAUUUGUCAAAAUGCAAAAUAUGUCAUUAUUAUAGUUACAUAUUAAUUUUAUAAAUUUAUCAUUUAAAUCUUGCUUACUUACCUUAUGUGAAAAUAUUAAACCACUGGUGAAAACCACCUGUUUUAAAACAAUGCUUUAUUUUGUCAUGCAUAUUUUUUUUACUAAUCCAAGACUAAUUAGGUUUAAAAGAUGUAAAUAUAUUUUCAUUUUCUAUACCCAACACAAUAGCAAUAACAUACACGAAGACAAGAAUAUCAUUUAUUGUCAAUUAUUUUCCAUAUUUCUGCCCAUAUUCAUUACAGCUAACAAUAAGAAGAAAAACAUGAACCCAUCACUAUUAAACCAAUUCAGAGUGAAAAGGCUUGACCAUAAAAGUCUAGACUUAUUUCAAGAUAGUGGAAGAAUGUUGGGGCUUUAUGAAACAGGGAAUUGAAUUUUGUUCAGCAUUGGAGAAAAUUCUCUCCUGGGUGACAGGCAAAUGGACUUCAAAAAAUGAAGCUAUUUUUAAGAAGUCUCUUCUUGACAGGUUCACAGUAUUUGGAUCCGAGGCAGGAAAGCUGCUUUGAAGAAGAUGUGAAUGUACUGUCUGCACCUGGUGUUGCCUCUUUAAGCAAUAAUAUCUACUGCUUGACAGUAUUGCUGACAGAGAAGAUGGAAAAUCCCCAAUGGCAUUCAGGAAGUCAUUUUAACAUUGGUUAAAGUUCAUUCCAGUGGCCAACCUAAAGCUGCCCAGAGAAUGAUCUGCCAGGACAACUGAGAGAUAGGAAAACAUCUCUGACAGCAACUGUAUUUGAAAAGCAUAACUACAACAUGUUGUACUGUGCCAGGCACCCAAUGGCAGAGAGUCAUAGUUGUUAUGGUAGACGUGAAUUCCCCAAAUUAAGCAUAGUAUGUUACAGCUCCAUCCUCAAUAUUACCCAGCUAUGGCACAUGUACUCAAAACUGACAAAGUGGUGGAUGGACAUAUAACCAAGAAGUUAGUAUUUUUACAUUCAUUAUUUCAUUGUGGUUUUAGCAUUAUUUGGAAUUUCACAUGUUGAGAAACAAUGUUGAUUUGCACAAUU